UCCUCGGCAUCCGGCACCCCACCAAGACCGAACGGUUCCCGGCUGACUCGGGGUUCCCGUUCCUGACAUCUGACUCUUGUCCGCCUAACCCUCAGUCCAACCCCAGAAGACUGUUCGACGAGACCAGAUUUCUCGCAAUUGCUACGGGCUGCGCGAAGCUGGGGGCGAUUCGUCCACCGAGUCACUGUCGCCGAUCCCGCUCUUAUUCCAAGUCGCGCAAGCGCAAACGCAGAGACCGAUUUUAUUCUUCCCUCCCCUUCCCCCCCCUCCCCCGCGCUUCGCCACGACCACGGCCUCUCUCUCCCCAUCAACACCCUCGUCUCCUCCGCGCCACAGCGUCAAUCGCAAAACCCCUUCCCAACCGCAACGAUGCCGUCUACCGCCGCCGACCAGAUUCCCGCCUCCCAAUUCGACUCCGUCCCGGACACAGUCGAAGCCUUCCGUAAUGGCGAGUUCGUCGUGGUCCUCGACGACCCCUCGCGCGAGAACGAGGCGGACCUGAUCGUGGCGGCCGAGUCGGUGACGACGGAGCAGAUGGCCUUCAUGGUGCGGCACUCGUCGGGCCUGAUCUGCGCGCCGCUGCUGCCGCACCGCGCGGCCGCCCUCGAGCUGCCGCAGAUGGUGGCGCGCAACCAGGACCCGCGCGCCACCGCCUACACGGUCAGCGUCGACGCCGCCCACCCGUCCGUGACGACGGGCAUCAGCGCCCACGACCGCGCCCUCGCCUGCCGCGUCCUGGCCGACGACGCCGCCGGCCCCGACAGCCUCCGCCGGCCCGGCCACGUCUUCCCCCUCCAGGCCAAGCCCGGCGGCGUCCGCCAGCGGAGGGGCCACACCGAGGCCGCCGUCGACCUCUGCCGCCUCGCCGGCAAGAAGCCCGUCGCCGUCAUCUGCGAGCUCGUCGACGACGGCGCCGAGGUCCCCGGCCGCGCCAUCCGCCAGGACCCGGGCAUGCUCCGGGGCGACGCCUGCGUCGCCUUCGCCAGGAAGUGGGGGCUCAAGGUCUGCACCAUCGCCGACAUGGUCGACUACCUCGAAAAGGUCGAGGGCAAGAUCGAGGUCAAUGGCUCCUCCUGAGCGGUCAGGGCGAGAAAAAAGAGAGGGGAAAAAAAGAAAAAAAAAAAAAAAAAAACAAAGCGCGGUUAGGCGAGGCUUGCGGUGUUGUGUGUGUGUGCCUCUGUGUGGAACGGCAUAUAUCAAAGCGGAUUACACACAUACGUACAUUCUUCUUCCAUCCAUUCUUCCAUCCAUCCGUCCAUACAUUCACUAAGAUACAUACUACCUCUCGAUUUACAUACACGCGGGGCGGAGAAGUAACCCGCACGCCCCCGGCCGGGCUUGUGUCAAGCCUGGAUGGAGCGGUCUCCAGUUUGGAGAGGAGAGGGAGGUUGUUUUACAUUCCAAACCA